CAGCAGUGCUUGUGGAACAUCCGGGGCAGUAUGGUGAACGUGAUCGAGAUCCACUUAACUCCGGAGGAUUUCGGGAACUUCGCAGAGAAAAGCCUGAAAUUAAGAGUUGGCCAUGGAUACAAGGAUGAUUUCCCAUUCGGAAAUGACGAAACCAUACUUCAUACAUUUGAAGGCCCUGUCGAGGAAAAUACUACAGUCUUGGUGGAGUACGAAGAUGCGUGGGUUGAUGUGCUGACCCGUAAGCAGAUCUCCCCCUUCAAAGUCUUCUAUAACGUCGAAAGUAAAGCAGGGAACAUCUCGACAUCCUGUGGGGGCAAUUGCAUGCAUGAUGAGACAGCAACUACGGGAAUCCUGGAACCAUGCGUGGGUGACAACGGACAAGUACCUUCAUACCAGCAAUGUCUCUGGAACAUCCGGGGCAGUCCGAAGGAGGUGAUCGAGAUCCUCUUAACUCCGGAGGAUUUCGGGAAUUUCUCGGACAGAAGCCUGCUAUUGAGAGUUGGCCAUGGAUACAAGGAUGAUUUCCCACUCGGAAAUGAGGAAACCAUACUUAACGAAUUCGAUGGCCCUGUCGAAAAAAAUACUACAGUGUUGGUGGAGUAUGAAGAUGCGUGGGUCGAUAUGCUGACCAGGAAGGAGAUCUACCCGUUCAAACAAUGUCUGUGGAACAUCCGGGGCAGUCCGACGGACGCGAUCGAGAUCCUCUUGACUCCGGAGGAUUUCGGGAAUUUCUCGAACAGAAGCCUGCUAUUGAGAGUUGGCCAUGGAUACAAAGUUGAUUUCCCACUCGGAAAUGACGAAACCAUACUUCAUACAUUUGAAGGCCCUGUCGAGGAAAAUACUACAGUCUUGGUGGAGUACGAAGAUGCGUGGGUCGAUGUGCUUACCCGUAAGGAGAUCUACCCUUUCAAACAAUGUCUCUGGAACAUCCGGGGCAGUCCGAAGGAGGUGAUCGAGAUCCUCUUAACUCCGGAGGAUUUCGGGAAUUUCUCGGACAGAAGCAUACUAUUGAGAGUUGGCCAUGGAUACAAGGAUGAUUUCCCACUCGGAAAUGAGGAAACCAUACUUCACGAAUUCGAUGGCCCUGUCGAGAAAAAUACUACAGUGUUGGUGGAGUAUGAAGAUGCUCCGACGGACGUGAUCGAGAUCCUCUUAACUCCGGAGGAUUUCGGGAAUUUCACGGAAAGGAGCUUGGUAUUAAGAGUUGGCUAUGGAUACAAAGAUGAUUUCCCACUCGGAAAUGAGGAAACCAUUCUUCGUACAUUUGACAGCCCUGUCAAGGAAAAUACAACAGUUUUGGUGGAGUAUGAAGAUGCGUGGGUUGAUUUGUUGACCCGUAAGGAGAUCUAUCCCUUCAGAGUCUUCUAUACUGUCAGAAACGAAACAGAGAACAAAGUAUUCUGCCAAACCUUCCGCAGCUUCGAAAUGGUUAGAAGAGAUCAAGAUCACUCCUACUUCUUAAAUAUGAGAGCGGAUUCCUUCUUACCGAGGAAGAAGCCAUACUACGCCGUUGGAGUAACUUUUUCCAACGAACUGAGUGUCGGAGCUGGAGAGCCUCCUGAGGUUCAUCUCAUGGCCGAUAGUAGCAAAUCUCUGGCUGAAGUCAUUGAGGGAAUCAGUCCGACGGAUGUGAUCGAGAUCCUCUUAACUCCGGAGGAUUUCGGGAAUUUCACGGAAAUGAGCUUGGUAUUAAGAGUUGGCUAUGGAUACAAAGAUGAUUUCCCAAUCGGAAGUGACGAAACCAUUCUGGAAACGUUCGAAGGCCCUGUUGAGAAAAAUACGACGGUAUUGGUGGAGCGUGAAGAUGCGUGGGUUCACAUGCUGACUCGUGAGAAGAUCUAUCCCUUCAGGGUCUUCUAUACGAUCAAAACCGAAACAGAGAACGUUUCGAGUACUACAGACGAUGGUCCUACAACGACAGAUUUUCUGAGCACUAUUCCGGAUACAUCGUGUGAAGGACUAUGCAUGUAUGAUGAGACAGCAACUACGGGAAUCUUGGAACCAUGUGUGGAUGACAACGGACUCGUACCCCAAUACCAACAAUGCCUGUGGAACAUCCGGGGCAGUCCGACGGACACGAUCGAGAUCCUCUUAACUCCGGAGGAUUUUGGGAAUUUCACGGAAAGGAGCUUGUUAUUGAGAGUUGGCUAUGGAUACAAGGAUGAUUUCCCAAUCGGAAAUGACGAAACCAUUCUGGAAACGUUCGAAGGCCCUGUCGAGGAGAAUACGACGGUAUUGGUGGAGCGUGAAGAUGCGUGGGUUCACAUGCUGACUCGUGUGAAGAUCUAUCCCUUCAAAGUUUUCUAUACCAUUAGAAGCGAUACAGUUUCAACAUGCAACGUAACGAUGACACCAACAAUCACUGUCCCUGUAACCGACACAAGCACCACAGAUGGGAUCACGACGGACUCCAGCGCUACAGAAAACGGGAUCACAACGGAUUCUCCACCCAGCACGACAGAUUCAAGCGCGACUGAAGAUGGAACAACGACGACAGAUUCUCCACACAGCACGACAGAAACAAGUGCAACAGAAGACGGGAUUACGACGGACUCAAGCGCUACGGAAGACGGUAUCACAACGACAGAUUUUCUACACAGCACGACAGAUUCAAGCGCGACUGAAGAAGGAACCACGACGACAGAUUCUCCACACAGCACGACAGAAACAAGUGCAACAGAAGAUGGGAUCACGACGACAGAUUCUUUUCCCAGUACGACGGACUCGAGCGCUACAGAUGGUGGGAUCACGACGACAGGUUCUCCACCCAGCACGACAGAAACAAGUGCAACUGAAGAUGAAACCACGACGACAGAUUCUCCACACAGCACGACAGAAUCAAGUGCAACAGAAGAUGGGAUCACGACGACAGAUUUUCCACACAGCACGACAGAUUCAAGCGCGACUGAAGAUGGAAUCACGACAACAGAUUCUUUUCCCAGUACGACGGACUCGAGCGCUACAGAUGGUGGGAUCACGACUACAGAUUCUCUACACAGCACGACAGAAACAAGUGCAACUGAAGAUGAAACCACGACGACAGAUUCUCCAUACAGCACGACAGAAUCAAGUGCAACAGAAGAUGGGAUCACGACGACAGAUUUUCCACACAGCACGACAGAUUCAAGCGCGACUGAAGAUGGAAUCACGACAACAGAUUCUUUUCCCAGUACGACGGACUCGAGCGCUACAGAUGGUGGGAUCACGACGACAGGUUCUCCACCCAGCACGACCGAAACAAGUGCAACUGAAGAUGAAACCACGACGACAGAUUUUCCACACAGCACGACAGAUUCAAGCGCGACUGAAGAAGGAACCACGACGACAGAUUCUCCACACAGCACGACAGAAACAAGUGCAACAGAAGAUGGGAUUACGACGGACUCAAGCGCUACGGAAGACGGUAUCACAACGACAGAUUUUCCACACAGCACGACAGAUUCAAGCGCGACUGAAGAUGGAAUCACGACAACAGAUUCUUUUCCCAGUACGACGGACUCGAGCGCUACAGAUGGUGGGAUCACGACGACAGGUUCUCCACCCAGCACGACCGAAACAAGUGCAACUGAAGAUGAAACCACGACGACAGAUUUUCCACACAGCACGACAGAUUCAAGCGCGACUGAAGAAGGAACCACGACGACAGAUUCUCCACACAGCACGACAGAAACAAGUGCAACAGAAGAUGGGAUUACGACGGACUCAAGCGCUACGGAAGACGGUAUCACAACGACAGAUUUUCCACACAGCACGACAGAUUCAAGCGCGACUGAAGAAGGAACCACGACGACAGAUUCUCCACACAGCACGACAGAAACAAGUGCAACAGAAGAUGGGAUCACGACGACAGAUUUUCCACACAGCACGACAGAUUCAAGCGCGACUGAAGAUGGAACCACGACGACAGAUUCUCCGCCCAGCACGACAGAAACAAGUGCAACAGAUAAUUGGACAACGACGCAAAUGUCUGAACUCACAACUGAAGAGAUUGAUUGUGACGACUCAAGUGACCGAGAUCUGGGACUUUCACUUGAUUCACUUUCGUGUGAAUCUUUUGGAAAUUGCAUACAAAAUGUGACAGGGACCAGCGGAAUCUUGGAACCUUGCGUGGAUGCCAGCGGAAUAGUCCCUCAAUUCCAAAGCAGUCCGACGGGUGUGAUGGAGAUCCUCUUAACUCCAGAGAACUUUUGGAAUUUCACGAAUGGAACCCUCCAAUUGAGAAUUGGCUAUGGAUAUAAGGAAGAUUUUCCACAAGGAGCGGACGAAACACAACUGGCUUCAUUUGACGCCCCUGUCACGGAAAAUGUCACGGUGAAUGUGGAGUGCGAUGACACCUGGGUUCACAUGAUGACCUUCGAAGCGAUAUACCCAUUCAGUGUCUUCUACUAUGCCGUCCAAAACGAAAUGAUAUACAAUGUGACGAUGGCGUCGAGAAACGUCACCAUGACAGUGCCAAUGACAGAAGUGACCCAACAUCCCAACACAACGCCCACGGCGGAAGCGACCCAAGCCAUCACGACAGAGUCCACGGCGGAAGAGACCGAACUUCCCACAACGAUUCAGCCUCUAUACAACAUCACUCACCAAGGUGGAUGCAUUUGUGCUGUAAUUCUGGCUGUACCGGUGGUCACAUUUUGUCGAUGGGUCGAUUAUAAUACCUCAGAUCCACCAGCUGAUGCCGAUGGCUAUUUUGGUAUGAAUACGGAAGAAGUGAAGAAAUACUUUAAUUUGUUGUCCAAAAAGCUUGAUGAUCUUGAAAUCAAGAUGAAACCACAUCGAAUCUUCAAUGCGGAUGAAUGUGGUCUGCAAAUGAACACUGCGGCUGGUAGUUACCUGCCCCCUGUUGUUAUCUUCAAGGGAAAGCGACACCGGCGUGAGCUGGGUGAGCGCCUCCCACCAGGUUCCAUGCCAAAGUUCAGUGAAAGUGGUUACAUAAACACAGCUCUGUUCAUGGAGUUCCUGGAAUUCUUUGUGGCUGUAGUUCACUCCACAGUUGAAGCGCCUGUCCUAAUUAUUGAUGGACAUGAUGCCCAUGCAACUGAUCCCGAUCUCUUGCAGUCUUUAUUCAAGCCUCUGAAGUACUACUACUACAAGGCAGCUGCUUCAUGGGCGCACACUCAUGGGGGGAAAGCGUUCACCAAGCUGGAAUUCGGAGGUCUUCUCAGGGAAGGGUGGUUUCAAGCGGCGACCGUGGGCAAUGCUGUGAAUGGUUUUAAAGCUUGUGGCAUCUAUCCAUUCAACCCCUCUGCAAUUCUAGGGAAUGCAUUUCACCAAACAGCUCCCAGUCCUGAGAGACAGAAUGUGGAAGCAACCAACCUGGAUGUCUCAAACUCAGACCCAUUGAGAAUCACGCCAAUUCAACCUGCCAACCGCAACAAUAGUGAUGAAGUACCUUCCCGUAAUCAUAGAGCUAUCCUUAACACGAUGUCUUCCCAGUGCCAUCUUUGCAGAAAGCAGUCUCAAAUCGCUACCAAACGAGGAGGCGCACUUCACAGGACUUGA